GGGCUUCCCCUCAAAAGCAGCCGUGACCCCAGCAGGGCAGUCCGGAGUCCGCCCCCGGCACAUGCGCCAUGGCUCUCGCGAGCCCACGCAGCGUGCGCGGCUUAGUGCCCUGCGUGCGGCCGGCGCGGCUUCGCCCUCGCCUAACGCGCUCUGGCUUGUGCCUGGCGGCCGGGCGCUGGCUGCCGCUGCUGCCAACGGAGGUGGGACCUAUCCUGAUGCUUCCCUCCAUCACUACGGUGACAUUCUACGAAGGCGAGCCUCCUGUUCAACUCCUGCGCAGCAUGACCCAGGACCUGGUGGAGGCCAACCCCUGGCUCUCAGGGCAGCUCCGGCGCGAGAGGCGGAGAGCUUCGCAGAGCAGAAAGCAGCCGAGCAAAGAGGGUGCGCGUUGGCGCAGGGUGAGCGGCAUGGUGGGCCUUUCGGUGGAGCCGGAGGAAGCACACUUCGUGCAGACGAGACGAGAAGGUUUGCACCCGAAGACCCCGUUGAUGAAGAUGCGAUCCAUGUUGCAAGAUGUCAUCGUGCCUGCUGGCAUCCGCUGUGUGGAUAAGCAGGAGCCUUUGUUCCUGGUGGCAGUGGUGACCUUGGCAGUGGGCUUCGCGCUGGUGGUGUCCAUGAGCCACGUCUUGGGCGACGGCUUCACCUUCUAUCGCCUCUACGGCGCGCUGGACCAACGCCCGGCGGACGUAGGCGGCAAGCAGUACGUGGCAGGUGAAGGACCUGCCCGCGCGCGCCUCAACCCUGCGCGUAACUUCGACUUCCCCGCGGCCAUGACGCAAGCUUUGGGCGUGAGGAAGGCGUCCUGGCCCGCUUCCCGGGCCGCACGGCUGGGAUCGCUGCUGGAUGCCGCUCUCAGGCCCAGGCACCGCUGGCGCGCCUGGCGCGUGGACGGCGAGUGGCUGGCGCAACGGAAACGCGACAGCGCCGCCGCGGCUUCGAAGUUCGGCGUGGACUUCGUGUCGAGCAACGACGUGCUCACCAGCUGGUUUCUGACGCAGGGGCGCUUUGACUACGGCAUCAUGGCUGUGAAUUUCCGGGAUCGCCUUUGCGGGCUGAAUCGGACCAACGCCGGGAACUACAAGGGCGCUGUCGGCUUUUGGCCGGAGGAGUUCGUAAAUCCUGCACACAUCAGGCACGCCUUGCUGAAUCCGCCCUACUUCCGGGGACAGCGCCCAGACGUGCCUGGCUUGCUGCGCAGCCUGCGGGGCCGUGUCGGCGUUGCCACCAACUGGGCCUCGAACUGCAAGGAGUUGCACUUGCAGAACUGCAAGCAGCUUCUGCAUUUGCCAGUCUUGGCCGGGGAUGUGCAGGUGAACGGGGCGAUGAUCAUCUUCCAGCCGAAGCCAGGCGAGCUGGGACUACUCUUGGGCGAGCGGACACUCUUCCCCAGAGAGCCCGAAGGGCCGACAGAUAUGAUCAGAGCAGCCUCCGAAGCUGACUCCUCCGUGCCUUCUGUGGCCGUCAUCAGCCAGGGCCCAGGCGAGGAAUCACAGGAAAAAGGGGAAACAGAGGACGAUAUCGCAACGGUGCACGACCCGGUUUUUGCGCAGAUGAUGAACAUGGCGCUCGAAGAGACCUUGGAUCCAGGCAUUCGCAAGGCUGUAAGCCUCCUGGUGUGCUUGGAGCGAUUUGGCGUUCACUGGCAGGGUUUGGACACCAGCUCUACGGAGGACAAAGCGGAGAUCGUCAGCGAGAUCGACGACUUCAUUUCCCACGACUGGGCGACCCGGGGCCUCGUGAAGUACCUGACCCUGUGCGCUCUCUACAACGGCCGGGCCGCCGUGAUCGCAGCAGUGGUUGCCGCGGUCUUCGGCGGGGUCCUGCAGAUCUUUCUGGAAAGCAGUCGCUUUCUCCCGGGCUUUUAUGUCUUGGUGGGCCGUGUGAGGUAUGACGUGGAAUCGGCAGGUUGCUUGGGCGUGCUGUUGGGCAUGAGCACCUACCUCUUUAUGCUGUUCUUUUGGCAGCGGCUACGGCACUUGGUGAUGAGUCCGCGCAUGGUCUUUAUGGACAGGCUUUGCAUUUCACAGAGCAACCCGGAGAAGAAAAAGAAGGGCAUCAUGGGUCUCGCCGGCUUCCUGAAGCUCUCAGGACGACUCGUAGUUCUUUGGAGCCCGAGGUAUUUUACGAGACUCUGGUGCGUCUAUGAAAUCGCCACCUGGAUGCAUCUGAAGAAGCCCUUGAGCCAGAUCAUCAUCGCCCCCGUUGCUCAAGGAAGCUUCGGGUCUCUCGUGCUGUGCGGGGUUUGGUUGGUGACGGUGCUGAUGACACUGGCCGCGACCAUCGAGAGUUGGGAGCUGUAUGCUCUGAUUUUAGGCUUCGCGAUCACCUGCAUCAUGGCGGGGCCCCUGCACGUGGUGAGGCACUUGGUGAGAGAUCUGCGGCAGAUGCCCAUCCAGAUCAAGAACUUCACCUUUCUGGAGUCUCAAUGCUUCUGCUGCAGUGAGAACCACCUCUCCGAUGGGCGGCCCAUCCCAUGUGAUCGCGACAUCAUCAGCGAUAAGCUGGAGGCCUGGUUCGGGCCCUCCUCCUCCGGGGUGAUCCGCCAGGACAUGGCCAAGGAGCUCUAUGUGGCACUCAGCAAGUCCAACACGCGGAUGACAGCGGGGGAGUCAGCGCAGGACCUCUUUAAUCGCUACGUGCAGGAGGUCUUUGGGCAUUACCUGCUGCGGAAGGUGGGCGGCUCGCAAGUCAAGUAUAGCCUGGCGAUGGCAGCAACUCUGCCCGCCUGCUUUUAUAUUUGCGAUCGCUUUCACCUUCUGAGCACCUUGCCCGUGGGCCCUGGCCUACGUCUCACCUUCUUCUACGCCUCUGUGGUCUUUGCCUUCUUCCCCGUCUUGGUCCGCUCAUCUUCGGGCAUCGCCCACUUGGCGGACUAUCUCUUCGGCAUCAGGGAGCGAAAGCUUCUGGACUUCUUGGUCACGCUGGUGGCGUUGCUGGCGCUGGCAGCCACCACCUUCUCCUGGCUCUUCGUGAUGGACUACACGCUCUUUCACGAAGAGGUGGCGUAUCAGGUCCUGGCUGAAAUCGCCACGGUCUCCUUAACCGUCUUCCUCUACAGGACGGAGCUCGUUUGCUGCCACAAGCGCAAGCGCCUGAGUCGCCUGGCCCGGCGGAGUACCGCGAAGCGCUUUCCGAGCAGACAGCCUUCAGACCCGAUCGAGGAUUCACGGGUCUUAGCCAAGCUCUCCAAGUGCUCCUCCUGGCAGCAGAGCACCUUGUCGGAGCGGCCCCCGCAGAUCCGCCUGGGCGGCAAGACGCUCCCAGAUCUGAGCAAUGUGCUUCCAAACACUGUGGCCGACUAG